AUGGCGGCGAGUAAGGCAAUGGAGGAAAUCCACAGUUAUUCCCGCCUUCAUAUUAAGGAGAAGACCCCCUCCUUUAUGCACGUGGAGCAUUCUUACACAAGUAGGCCUAGCAGCAGGAAGAGAUGUCGAGGGACGCCUACAGGGAAGACCCCAAUUCAAGCUGCAAAAAAGGCCCCAAUGUCUUCUAGAUGGGCCGAUGAAGAGAAAAACUUCUUAUCAAGUUACCUGAAGAAAGAAAUUCCUAGUCAUCCGAUUUCCAAUGAAUAUUGGAAAAACUGCGCCCAUGAAAUGAAUAAAGACUUGGGCACAAACCGAACUGGAGCUUCGUGUAAAAGUUUUUAUAGGAGAUUUCUCGCCUCUGACACUGUGCUCACGUCUGAACCUGACUCAGAGAAUGACAUUUUGGCUCUGCCAUUAGAACAACAUACAGACCAGUACUGCCAGACCGACCUUUCAUUUCCAGUAAUGAGGUACUUCUUAGAGGUCAUAUAUGCUGUAAACCAGUACUGAAGAUAGCAUGAUUGCUGUUUUUUUCUAAAACCCCCACUCAAUAUUGCCAUUCAUGAUUGUUCACCUCCUACUUAACUUUUUGAUCCGACUGAUAUUUUGGAUUUCCCAUAGCAAGACAUAAUACUGCCAUUAUAUUCAUAUGAGAGGCAGGGGGUAUGAUUUAGCGAGGUGAGCUCAUUGCUCACAGUACCUACAUUUAUUUUACGGCAGUGAUUCGUUUUGUGUAUUAUUGAAAAAAUUUAAAUUAUUUGCGAACACUCCCAUGAUUUUGGUCUGUCACUGUGUCGGCAAGUUUGUCUGUAUUUGUGUCUUUAACACUUUUGG